CAAGAGAAACAGCAAUUGAGACAAGCAAUUUGCAAUCUUUAACCAUGGGUUUUUGCACAAGGUUCUGCUGCUUAGAUGGAUAUGAUCAUAGGAGACUUACAGUGAAGAAGAAGGGAAAGGGAGAUGAAACAUGGAGGGCUUUCUCUUUGAAGGAAUUGCGUUCUGCAACUAACAAUUUCAGCGACGGCAAGAAGAUCGGAGAAGGUGGAUAUGGGAGUGUUUACUGGGGUCAACUAUGGGAUGGAUCUGAAGUUGCAGUGAAGAGGCUCAAGGCUUUAAGCAACAAAGCAGACAUGGAAUUCGCUUGUGAAGUAGAGAUAUUAGCUCGUGCUCGUCACAAGAAUCUUCUCAAUCUACUCGGCUAUUGCGCUCAAGACGAAGAACGUCUCAUUGUCUACGAUUACAUGCCUAAUCUCAGUUUACUCUCACAUCUUCACGGAAUUCGCUCCGCAGAAUCCCUCCUUAACUGGAAUCGAAGAAUGAACAUCGCCAUUGGAUCCGCACAGGGAAUCGCCUAUCUUCACCACGAAUUGGCACCGCACACAAUUCACAGAGACAUUAAAGCGAGCAACGUGUUACUCGAUUCAGAUUUUCAAGCUCAAGUGGCUGAUUUUGGAUUCGCAAGACUAAUACCUGACGGAGCAACUCACGUAACCACGAGAGUAAAAGGAACUCUAGGUUAUCUAGCGCCGGAAUACGCAAUGUUAGGGAAAGCAUCCGAGAGUUGCGAUGUUUACAGCUUCGGUAUUCUCUUACUUGAACUGGCCACCGGUGAGAAGCCAUUAAAGAAGCUUAGUUCGUCGUUGAAACGUACGAUUAGGGAUUGGGCUCUUCCUUUAGCACGUGAGAGGAAGUUCGAAGAACUUGCGGAUCCGAAGUUAAACGGGGUGUAUGUAGAGGAAGAACUGAGAAGGAUGGUUAUCGUGGCUCUGGUUUGCGCGGAUGAACGACCGGAUAAGCGGCCUUCCAUGGUUGAAGUUGUGGAGCUUCUGAAAGGAGAAUCGGAAGAGAAGAUGAGUUUUCUUGAAGAGAAAUUAGUGCGAAUGAGAUCUGAGAUUGGUGGUGGAGAUUACAGUGAUGGAUCUGAAGCGGAAAGCAGUCAAGAUUUCAUGGAUUUUGCUGCUAGUUGA